AUGGGGCAGAUGCAAAACACCUGCGAGAAGUUGAACUCGCGCUAUGUGGAGUACGGGGUGAACUUCGCGGAGGACAGCGAGCACCUCACUGCCUUCCUCGAAGCGCACUCCCAUCCGUCCAAGCGGGUGGUCCAGGUGGAGGGGAUGGAUGGAGACGGCAACGCCGUCAAACACACCUUCAAGCUGCACGAGCUGGAUGCGAAGAAGAAAGAGGAUCCCUCGGGUGACGUCGAGUCCUGCGUGUCCCUCGCCACCCUGUUUGCGAAGGAGGUGAUCGGCAGGCUACAGUACCGCAUGCGACGCUUGAAGUCCCUCGUUGGGUCCAAGCUAUUUCUGCCAGACGCCUAUCCGGAUGGCAUGAACAAGCGCGACCGUCUGUGCGCGGAGUGGUUCAGCUCCCUUCGCAAGAUGUUCAACGCCGAGCAGUGCGCUCUGCCAGUCUUGCGGAACCGGCAGCAUGGCUCGGGUGCGAGCCGCUUUGCGCGCGGCGCGGGUGCUUCUAGGGCUGGUACUAGCGGUGGCCUGCAGCCUGCGAUGCGCCGUGUGCGUUCAAGUGCCCACUGCCCCCAAGAAGGCGCUCUAAAUC